UCUAGUGCGAUGUUUCCCGGGAGUUGUAGUUCUGGGGGACGCCGGGAAAGACCGUGGUGCGAGUCCAAGAUCGGCGGUUGCGUUUGCCCGCUGCCCCUGGCAUCAUGUCCCGUGUGGCGGUGCCCUGCCAUGUGAAAAGCACCGUGGCUCUGCAGGUGGGCGAUAUGCGGACUUCCCAAGGCCGGCCUGGCGUGUUGGUCAUCGAUGUCACCUUCCCCAGCGUCGCGCCUUUCGAGUUGCAGGAAAUCAUGUUUAAGAAUUACUACACAGCCUUUCUGAGCAUCCGAGUUCGCCAGCAUAUCUCACCCCACACGCCGCCCAAGUGGGUGACCUGCUUGAAAGACUAUUGCCUGAUGCCUGAUCCACACAGUGAGGAGGGAGCCCAGGAGUAUGUAUCGCUGUACAAGCACCAGAUGCUUUGUGACAUGACCAGAAUCCUGGAGCUGCGCCUGAUUCUACGACAGCCAUCACCACUCUGGCUGUCAUUUACCGUGGAGGAGCUUCAGAUUUACCAACGAGGAACAAAGACCCCUUCAGUGAACUUCCCCAAGUGGCUCUCCCACCCAGUACCUUUUGAGCAGCCCACUCCCCUCCUUGAGGGUCUCCCAGACCCCAGCAGGAUCUCCUCCGAGGUGCAGCAGAUGUGGGCACUGACAGAGAUGAUCCGGGCCAGUCACACUUCUGCAAGGAUCGGCCGCUUUGACGUGGAUGGCUGCUAUGACCUGAAUUUACUCUCCUACACUUGAAUGACAUUGCCAAGACUUUGGCCUUUUGAGCCCCUCCAGUCCUGGUUGAGACCACCAGGGGUUGAAGUCUUUCCUGCGUUUUUGGAGUAUUGCCUGAAUCCAGUUCUGUCUGGGCCAUAUUCACAGAUCAGGAUUUUGGGGGAUUCACCAUUGUUCCUUCAUCAUGAGCUCCUGGGGUGGGGUGGGGGCUGGAGGCUGGGGUGCAUUCUGUCCUCACCUGAUUGCAGUUCAACUUCAACUCUCCUACCCUAAAAACAUUUCGCUUCUGUUUGCUAAGAUUCUUCAAGUGCCCUCUGCCCAUCCUGCCAACACGCACACUCGUGUCCUCUGCCUGCUGCUUCUCCCCAAGAGCGCUGGGCUGGGCUGGGCUGACCUACUGAACCUGUUCUCUGUAGUUUUCGGAGAUUGCUGUAGCCAUGAUACUCUUACAGUUUGGAAGCUUGAGAAACAGGAGCCCCAUUUCUUCCUUCUA